UUUACAGUUUGUGAAAAUACUUGAUACAAUAAAUUGUUUCGGUUUUUUUUUAAACGAUAGAAAUGCGUCUUCUCUGGUUAUGUUCGCUUCUAUUACCACUUUUACUAGGAGGUGGAAUAGGCUCUUACUUUCUAAUUUUUAAUGGGUCAGAAAAUAAUGUUAAUGAAUCGUCUCCAUCACCACCAUCACUACCAACAACAUCAAUAAAUCCAAAUAAUCCAGAAAAAACUAAUGAAGAUACCUACGCUCAAAGCAAAAAAAUCAAUUUUAAUUUAGAGACAGCACUAAUUGUGUCUAAUAUUACUGAUACAACCGUCCAAUUAAACUGGAUUAAACCGAGAAGAUAUUAUGAUAAAAUAGAAUACAGAUUCUAUAUAUACGACCAAGAGGGAUAUGAAAAAUCAUAUCAAUUUCAAGAUUUUCCUAUACAAAUUGUCCAAAACCUCCAGCCAGGGACACGAUACAAAUUUUAUAUUACAUAUGCAUCGGACACUUUAAAGUUUGAAAGUGAAGGGAUCGUAACCAAAACUGCAAGAGGUAAACCUGAUCCCCCUUUAGACCUGAAGGUAUCAAAAAUGAAGUACGUAAGAAGCAUGAUAAUCGAAUGGAGAAGACCACUGGGAAGUGAGAUCAUCACAGGAUAUAAUCUUCAUAUUGCUAAAAAUGGGUCAGGUCCAGUACAAGAUACGCAAGUUUUUGACACUUCAGAUUAUCCAAAAUAUAUAUACUACUUUGAAGAAAGCAGUGAGUUUGAUAUAAGAGUCGCAUCAUUUAAUAGCAAAGGGAGUUCUUCGAUAGCUACUAAGCAUUUUAGAUCUAAACCUAUAGAAGAUUGGAACGCCUUUCCUACUUCAGUCUAAACAUCAAAAAUUGCGGAUACAUUCGUCCAAUUAAAUUGGGAAACACCAGAAAAUGCUGUCGCCUCGAAUUAUAAGAUAAUAUCAUAUAAAAAUGGAGUUCAGCAAAUAUUUUAUAAUAUAUUAUAUUCACCAUCGGAUCUAGUUGUUGGACUUUCUCCGGGAGAAAUAUAUAAGUUUUACUUAUAUCCUUCAAAUAGCAAAAAUGACUAUCAGAAGUCUCCUGUUCUUAAAGAAAUAAAAACUUUAAAUCCAUCAGACAAACCUGAAAACUUACCUGGAACACUCAAAGUGUUUGUUAUUAACACAUCAGCGCAACUAAUGUGGCAAAGACCUUCAUCAGGUGUAAUCACAGGCUAUGUUAUCACGACAUUUAACGCAAUUGACUUGAGAUUCGUAUAUUUACAUCACAUUUAUGAUUAUGAUGCUUCAUUGUCUCUUACAUUCAAUGUUCCUGAACUAAACCCAGGAUAUUCAUACGUAUUUCAAGUUACCGCUUUUAAUUCCAAAGGCUUCUCCGACAGUCUUCAAAGUGGCAAAGUCAGUAUUCAGUAGAGAUUUCUUUACUAAUUAAAUCAAAACUAAUCAAUUUGUGGAAAAUCUACAAACCUGAUUUCGUUUAAUGAAAUGUCUCAGUUCUUUUAUGAACUGAUAAAAUAAGAAAAAUAAUAUAUAUCUAGCGUGACGUAUAAAUAAAAACCAUAAAAAAGUUGUAUUUAGAGUUACC